AUGGCGUCUGGCGGCGAUGAUGUGUUCACGAGCGAUGCCAACCAGCACUGGGAAAUGAAGCGCAAGGCCUCUUUCUCAAAGUUGACUGGAAUGGUGCCGCGGACAAUUCCGGGCAUGUACAACGUUGUAGAGGACCCUCAUGCAGACAACAAGAAAGAGAAGCUAUGGAAACUCAUGGAAACAUACCUGCCUUCCGACGUGCACUCAAUCCAGAGAAGCAUCGUAAACCACGUUGAGUAUACCCUGGCGAAGACACGCUUUAACCUCGACCCUGAGUCCUGUUACCGCGCGGCCGCAUUUUCGGUCCGAGACCGUCUGAUUGAAACCCUUAACGACACAAACGCCUUCUUUCACGAGAAGGAUGUGAAGAGGGCUUAUUACCUAUCCCUGGAGUUCUUGCUGGGCCGUGCCUUCCAAAAUGCGCUUGUAAAUCUGGAUAUUGAGAAGAACUACCGCACGGCGCUAACCGAUCUGGGAUUCAAUCUAGAGCAGCUCUACGAGUUCGAGCACGACCCUGCCCUGGGGAAUGGAGGGCUUGGCCGUCUUGCUGCCUGCUUUCUUGACUCUAUGGCAACGCUCAACCUGCCUUGCUGGGGCUAUGGUAUUCGCUAUACGUAUGGCAUUUUUGAGCAGAAGGUAGUAAACGGACGCCAGGUGGAAUACCCAGAUUACUGGCUGACGCUCUCGAACCCUUGGGAAAUUGAGCGUCCCGACUGUACGUACGCAGUACGCAUCUAUGGAAGCGUUAAAGAAUACCGCGAUCCUCAGACUGGAAGGGUGAGGAGCAAGUGGGUUGGGGGAGAGAUCGUGCAAGCCAUGGCUUACGACACACCCAUUCCUGGUUUUGACACGUAUAACACCAUCAACCUCCGCCUGUGGAAAGCUUGUCCGAGUAAGGAGUUUGAUUUCCACCUUUUCGACGUGGGACGCUAUCUCGAGUCGGUGCGUGAAAGACAGAAUGCCGAGUCCAUAUCCGCUGUCCUCUACCCAAAUGAUAACACGGUGGAGGGCAAGGAGCUGCGUCUGAAGCAGCAAUACUUCUUCUGCUGUGCUACUAUCCAAGACGUUCUGAGACGAUUCAAGAAGGUGCCUGGCCGAGACUGGAAGGAACUGCCCAAUAAGAUCCAGUGCCAACUGAACGAUACACACCCCACAAUCGCGAUUCCUGAGCUCAUGCGCAUUCUCCUGGAUGUUGAAGGCCUGGACUGGGACAUGGCCUGGGAUUUGGCCAGACGCUGCUUCAAUUACACCAACCACACAGUGCUACCAGAGGCGCUGGAAAAGUGGUCCGCCGACCUUAUUGCGAAGCUCCUCCCAAGGCAUUUGUUAAUUAUUAAUGAAAUCAACUUCCGCUUUUUGAAUGAGGCACGCCAGGUCUUUGGCGACGACUGGAGCAAAAUUGGGCGUAUGUCCAUUUAUGAAGAAGGUUGCGAGAAACGGAUUCGCAUGGCCAAUCUUGCCGUCAUUGGGGGAGCGCACGUCAACGGUGUCGCAGCAAUUCACAGCGAACUAGUAAAAAAGAAUCUCUUCCCUGAGUUUGUGGAGUUAUACGCCCGCCAGGGCGUACACGACAAAUUCUUGAAUGUAACGAAUGGUGUAACUCCUCGCCGCUGGAUUUACUGCUCAAAUCGUGGUCUGGCGGAUUUGUUUAGCAAUUGGCUAGGCUCUGACUCCUGGCUGAAAGAGCUGGACAUGAUUGCGGGCCUCAUGAAUCACAUCGACAACCCCACCUUCCGAGCUGAAUGGGCGGCGGUUAAGAAGGAAAACAAAAGACGUCUUGCCCUUUGGGUGGAGCAGCGCUGCAACGUGAAACUCGACGUGGAUACCAUGUUAUUCGACAUUCAGGUCAAGCGCAUUCAUGAAUACAAGAGGCAACUGCUGAACAUCAUUUACAUCAUCCACCGCUACCUGUCGCUCAAACGCAUGUCGCCGGCAGAUAGGGCGAAUAUGGUUCCCCGCGCGUCGCUCAUUGGCGGGAAAGCAGCACCAGGAUACUACACGGCCAAGUCGAUUAUCAAGAUGGCAAACAACGUUGCACAGAUCGUGAACAACGACCCAGAUGUUGACAAGUAUCUCAAGGUGGUGUUUCUGCCGAACUAUAACGUCUCGAACGCUCAAGUUAUUAUUCCCGCUAGCGAUAUCUCUCAGCACAUUUCGACUGCCGGCACUGAGGCCUCUGGAACCUCCAACAUGAAAUUCGUCAUGAACGGCGGGUUGAUUAUUGGUACUCUGGAUGGUGCAAACAUUGAGAUUAGAGAGGAGGGUGGUGACGAGACCAUGUUCAUAUUUGGUGCAAAAGAACACGAGAUCGAACAUAUCCGCGAGCGGGCCCGUAAUGGCUCGUAUCCGAUGGACCACCGCAUGCGCGAGGUGUUUGACUGGAUUCGCGCGGGCAAUUUGGCAUGCGGUGACCACCAGUCGCACGCCGAUUUUUGCAGCAUUCUGGACACGCUCUGCAACAAUGGAAACGGAAACAACGGCGACUUCUACUUGCUGCAGCACGACUUCCCGGAUUACUGCAGAGCGCAGGAUGAGGUUGACAGGACCUACAAGAAUCCUGAUGCCUGGUGGAAAGUGUCCAUCAAGGCGGCUGCCUCCAUGGGCAAGUUUUCGACGGACCGCUGCAUGCGGGAAUACGCCGAGAAGAUUUGGGGAAUUAGUCGCUGCGAGAGGCCGGCCCCCGACGAGGUGCUGCGCAUUCGUUCAUUUGCAAACGACAAAAGAGGUAGCCAAGCAUAUCAUGAGCCACGGAAGCCCUCUGCUGCUGCUCCUGCUGCUAAUGCAAAUGAUCAUGAAACCCACAAAAAAGGGGGCAAGAAUAAAAAAGAAAAGGGAGAUAAAAGGGAGGUUGUUAUCGACUCGUGA